AUGGGCCUCCAACGGUCCAAUGUGACAAUAAUCCACCCGGACCUCGGUAUCGGAGGUGCCGAGCGGCUAAUAAUCGACGUCGCCCUAGCCCUUCAGAACCGAGGCCACCGCGUAACGAUCUACACCUCCCACCGCGAUAAGGCCCACUGCUUCGACGAGGCGCGCGAUGGCACACUGGACGUCCGCGUACGCGGAAACACCAUCUUUCCCGCCCAUGUCUGCGGCCGACUUCACAUCCUCAUGGCUGCCCUGCGCCAGCUACAUCUUACCGCGUCACUACUAGGCGAGCUUGGAACAAGGGGGACAGCUACCACAACCACUGACGAGGAGGAGGACUGCGAUGAUAUCUUUAUUGUGGACCAGUUGCCGGCCUGCGUGCCGUUUUUGAAAUCGUUCGGCAGCCCGCGCCAGUCACGACGUCAGCGCAUCCUGUUCUAUUGUCACUUCCCGGAUCAAUUGCUCGCGCGCCGAGAUGAGGGCGGCUCGCUUCUUCGCCUCGCGAAGGUGUUAUACCGUUUUCCGUUUGAUUGGUUUGAAGGAUGGGCGAUGAGCGCGUCAGAUCGGGUUGUUGCGAACUCUAGGUUCUCCCGUGGGGUCGUGCGUGACGUCUUUGGCUCGGAUAGGUUGGGUGAUGUGGAGGUGGUUUAUCCGUGUGUUGAUAUGGAUUCCGGGGUACCAGUGCCCGAGAAAGUGAAAGAAGACCCUCUCUGGGGUGGGAAGAAGAUUCUGCUCAGCAUCAAUCGCUUCGAGCGUAAAAAGGAUAUGGGGUUAGCGAUUCGCGCUUAUAAUGGACUAGGAGCGGAGAAGAGGAAAGGGACGCGCCUGGUGAUUGCUGGCGGUUACGAUAACCGUGUCCACGAGAAUGUUCACUACCACCAAGAGCUGGAUGAGCUCGCGACCAGUCUCGGGUUGAAGACUGCAACUUCCAAGACAGUCCUUUCUGCACUUUCAAUCCCCGACAACAUCGAUGUCCUCUUCCUUCUUUCUGUUCCCACUGCAUUCAAAGAUACCCUAUUGGCGCAAUCAAAGCUCCUUCUCUACACACCAAUCAACGAACACUUUGGCAUUGUACCUGUCGAAGCAAUGCGCGUCGGUCUUCCAGUAUUAGCAUCUAAUACUGGCGGUCCACUUGAGACAAUUGUCGAGGGUGAAACGGGCUGGCUCCGAGACGCUCACGCAGAUGAAGAGUGGACUGCUGUGAUGGACAAGGCGCUUUACCGACUGAGUCGGGAGGAUCUUGAACGCAUGGCUCUUGCUGGCAAGAAUAGGGCGCAGCAGGAAUUCUCGCUCACUGCUAUGGGUGAUAGACUUGAAGAAGAGAUCUCCACCAUGCUUAAAGCUGAAAGAAGGCCGUUCAAUGGGUGGCAGCAGGUCUUUGUCAUUCUCAGUGCGGUUGGGGCUGUUCUUGCUGUGAUGGCCGCAGUCUUAUUUCGAGCGCUAUAA